AUGCCACGACGCAACAGCCAAAAACCAAGGGCCAACGUCUCGUCACAGCACCCGCAACCACGCCGGGUGUCUCCCGAACGGUCUGUUACUCUUCAGAACCAUCACAUCGCUGUGCAAGUAUCACCGCCCGCCCAAAAUGGAAAGGGCCAUAUAGCUCGAAAGCUCUCUGCUAGUGGCAGCGGCAGCGGUAAGUCCGAUGAAUCGCCUGUAAACUCCAUGGGUGAGAGCCAUGAGACAACGCAGAGUGAUCCAAAGACGUGGUUCGACCAGUCAAACGAGAAUCCUACCGCAACAUACUCCAAUGCCAUGGAUGUUGACCCUCCGUUUUUUCAAAAAGAAUCAGAGUCCUCAAAUGAAGACAGGUCACUGCUACACCCUGGUCGUGGUUCAGCCGCUAGGUUGGCUACGGCGCAGAGCAGUAGCGCCGAUGACUACCGCAGCGUUAUUGAUGACCUCACAGUUGAGAUCCAAAAUCUCAAAGAACAACUAAAGCACUAUAAACAACAAGGGCCAGACCUUCUGCGUAAGGACAAGCUCUUCGAAAUUAAGUUUCAUGGCCUUCCAAGCCGUAAAAAGCGGGAGCUCGAAGCAACCCUCCGUGAGUUCGCCGCUGGGCUGGAAGAGUCUCCCGAACCUUCUUCGUCUCGCCAAAAGGUAUCUUCUCGACGUGCCAAUGCACUCUCUGGAUCUGGCUCAGGCUCGGGCUCCAAGAUGGCAACAUCGUCUUCUGGAAGUCGUAAUCGACCUGUCGAUUCUGCCUACGCAUCCAUGUCAACUGGGAAUACAUCCUCCGGCCCCUCCUUGGGACGACACAUGUCGCGCUCUCGAGCCAAGGCCAAUGACCAAAAAGUCGAGAAUUACCUUCGUGAUAUCCCAGAAGGCUUAUAUCCCAAACACAUGGUUCUCACAGACCGGGAUCGAAAGCGGUUUGUAGUCCGCCGGUUGGAACAGCUAUUUACGGGCAAGGUAAAUGGAGCCCGUAACAAAGGCAAACAAGCAGCACCCGUAUCCGACAAUAGUAAAGGUGCUCUUUUUGAUAUACCCAUAAUAAACGACACGAAACCGCAACAGCCAAACGCCCGAGCAAACCAGUCGAAGCCUGGCGCGCAGACCACUAGUGGCCAGACAAAACCAUCAGCCUUGCCAGGCACAGGUGGUCCUGAAGCAUCCCGCGAAGCUCGCAUUCUCCCACGCCAAACGCAAGGAAACAAACAGUCAAGGUCCCGAGACAAUGGUUCCUCCAAUUCCAAUGGUGACCGAACCGAGUCUGGUGGUGUUAAUCCAACCGGGAACAGCCAUGGUCUGGAAGCUAGCAGUGGUAGCGGUAGUGGGAAUGGAAGCGGCCAGAAUUCAUCACCGUCUAGCGAGGAGCUACCUGAACAACGCCCGACCCGACCCAACGAUCUCGACCCAGAUCGCGUUCAGAUUCCAUCGGAAAAUAUGGCUUACAUUCAGCAUUUAGGCUUAACCGCCCCGGAGCUCGUCCCCGGCCAACCUGCAGAUGUGGAUGAUGUAGCUCCAGACGCAGAGGGCUGGGUUUAUCUUAACCUACUCUGCAACCUUGCCCAACUGCAUAUGAUUAACGUCACACCAAGUUUUGUACGCAAAGCAGUGACAGAACUCUCUACGAAGUUCCAGCUUUCACCCGAUGGCCGCAAGAUUCGCUGGCGUGGUGGUAGCGAAGGCACCAAGCUGAGUAGCGAUACCUCGGGUGACAGCUCCCAAAGCCCCGGAACAGACAACAACGAGGAUGCUACUCGUCCCACAAAGCGCAAGAAGCAAAACAGUGGUCUCCGCACCGGAGAUUCAAGGUCUUCCAGUAAGAAGCUCGUUUCAGCAUCAUCGGAGAGCUUCCACUACAAGCCCAUGUUUGCCCGUAAGGGUUCAUCGCGCAGUGGUACCUCGAUGGAUGAUACACUUUCGUCGUUUGGACCAGUGGACGAGAGUAAUGCGGCCGACUCCAAGUAUGACCCCAGCGGCUCCGGAGCGACAACAAGUCGCAAGAAGCGCCGCCUGGAUGGCGCAAUUAUAUACUACAGCGGAGCUCCAUUCUGCACAGACUUGUCAGGCGAUCCUGGCGACGCGUCUCCUACAACGUAUAUGAUGUCAACGGGUCGGGAGACAACAGAUCGCACGACCGACAAUGGCGAAUCGACACAUGUACCUGAAUUGUUCCGCUCCGCAUCUGGCUCGUCGCUCAACUAUCGACCGCUCGCAACACCAGCCCCGCCCUGGUCGGUCGCCCAGGAGAUGGAUGUAGAUGAUGAUGGUUCAAUCUCAGCAGGCGAUGAAAGUGAUUUUGAUCUUAGCUGGACCGACAAGCAGCAGUAUCUUGAGGUCCGCCCACUUGAACCGUCUGGUCUCGGUGGUGUACUCCCUGAUGAUCACUUCAUGGUGUUUGUAACAACCCGCCGCCCUACUGAUGGAUACAAAACACGAAAUCGCAGCCGCUUACAAUCAGAGGAUGCGACAGAUGGCAUGAUUGCGCGACUAGCCGUCAUGAGUACCUCGUCUCCUAGGUCAGCACAUACGCCUCUGCCAAAGGACACAAAGUCUCUACAGAUUGAGUAUAUGUCGGGGCGUAUUAAACGACUUGCGCCUGUGCCUCUACCCCCACCGGCUAUGUUCAUCCCACCCUUUAGUAGCGACGCGUCUAGCGGUGCAAUUGACUACUUUGAGGAUGACUGUGAGGAUGAGGGCUUUGUGUCAUCAACAUCGGAUGAGUACAUGAGCCGUCAAGCCAACCCGCAUCAUUCAGACGGCUAUCCCGACGGAGUAGAUCUUAGCAGUGGUGAUGAGGAUGGGGACGCGCCAGAAGACGAUACUGGCGAAGGGAUGUACGAUCAGGACCGCGAGGACAUCCUGCGCCGUGUUAAUGCGCCACACCGUGAUGAACGACCAUCUCUCGGCAGUGCCGUAGCCGCGCCUGGCUCAGCUAGGAGAAGCAAAAGCGUGAGCCUUGAACCGGUUGUCUUGGGAGGUGGGAGCUCCGCUGCCACUGCAGGCAAAGCAGAGAGCGACGAUGACAUGAGCAGUUCUGGCAGCGAGGAUUAA